GGCCAUUACGUGUGGGACGGACGUCUUAAUACAUUUGGUGCUCCUAUCUGUAUAGCAAAGAUUUGGUAACACCGUGCUACAACAUGCUGGAAAUGUUUUGGGCAUCAUUAUCGCUUCUUGUAUUCUCCCUCAUGGACAUUACCCAACAUUGCACAUCUUCAAAACUUAUGGGAAAAGCUUGAAAAGGAGAAACCGCCAAUCUCAUAAAACGUUGUAUUGGACAAGGGGAAGACGUUUACGAUAACAAGUGGAAGAGGACUGAAGAAAAGGCGCCUAAAUGAUAGUUCAUGGAGCGUUAAGGAAUUAUGUGUUUCUUCAUUCUUACGGACAACACUCAUCAGGAAACAAUUUCAUCCAUCGCUCUGUGAAUCGGUCUAAAAUUGGAGUUAUCUAAUAUCUUUCUCUAGUUCUCUCAUAAGACAAUAUUAUGUAAUAUUAUACUCAUAGCAUUGAUGACUUGAGUGUCUGUUCCUGUCUUAUUCAAAUAGGAUCGGUUCUUAACCUGUUUCUGGUAAUGUGAAGUAUCAGUACUCUUUUCUGCAUUGCAACAGUCUAUUUUAGAAAUAGACUAAUCUUAUACGUCCUGCAUUUAUUGUGGAAUGGUAAAACAACAACAAUUAUAAGACAAAUGUUACCUCAAGGGAUCACCAUGCACUUACGGAUAACCCUUCGGGUGCCCACAGCACCGAUUCUUCUCUUUGGGACAUUAUUUAUUCUGGUGACCCACUCUUGCGGAUAUCCCACAGGAGCUCCUGUGGAUUCGAACCCUGGGAUCUGUAGCAGCCUGACACCCGGACACGGUGCCAUACCACAGACUUCACCCUCCCCGUUCACGAUCACACCGAUAGUCAACUCGUAUGUUCCUAAUGGAAAUGUUCCCUUGAUAAUUGAAGCAGUAAACGGAUCCUUCUAUAGAGGGUUAAUACUCCAAGCCCGUGAGAGGGGGGAGACCACGCCCAUCGGAUCCCUCUUCCUACUCCCCAACGAUUACCUGCAGGUCGUCAACUGCGAAGCAACCUCGGAUACGAUCACACAUACGAACAAUGAUAUCAAGCCAAGUUCGGUGACCGUCGUCUGGGUCGCACCAUCAUCGGACGUCGGCGAUGUGGAGUUCGUAGCAAGCUUCGUAUCGACUAAUCAGAUUUAUUGGGUAAACGUAGCAUCAUCUCCUAUUUACGGGCCUAAUGGUCCAGACCCCACCGAUCCACCUGCAACUGAAAAUCCCAUUCCUGUAAUCACAUGUGUAGAUAGACCCUGCCUAAAUGGAGGUACUUGUUUCACCUCAAAUGGCGGAGAAGGAUUUGUGUGUGUAUGCGCGGACGGAUACACUGGAGUGACCUGUGAAACAAUGGUGGUGACAUGCGCAGACGAGCCGUGUAGGAACGGAGGGACUUGCUUCACUUCUAACUCUGGCUCCGGAUUCGUAUGUCUGUGUCCGUCGUCUGAUUGGGAGGGUGAUACGUGUGAGACGCCAGCUAUCACGUGCAGCGCUGAUCCUUGCAAGAAUGGUGCCACAUGUUUCACAUCCAACAGUGACUCUGGAUUUGUUUGCCUAUGUGCUGGGGACUGGACAGGCAGUACAUGUGAAAGUCUCAAUACAGUCAUCACAUGCAACGAUGAUCCAUGCAAGAAUGGUGCCACCUGUUUCACAUCCAACAGUGAUUCUGGGUUUGUUUGCAUAUGUGCUGGGGACUGGACUGGAAGAACGUGCGAAAGUCUCAUCACGUGCAACGAUGAUCCAUGUAAGAAUGGCGCCACCUGUUUCACAUCCAACGGUGAUUCUGGGUUUGUUUGCCUAUGUGCUGGGGACUGGACAGGCAGAACAUGCGAAAGUCUCAUCUCGUGCAACGAUGAUCCCUGCAAGAAUGGCGGCACCUGUUUCACAUCCAACGGUGACUCUGGAUUUGUUUGCCUAUGUGUAGGUGACUGGACAGGCAGAACAUGCGAAAGUCCAAUCGCGUGUGCUAAUGAUCCGUGCCAAAAUGGAGCAACAUGUUUCACACCUAACGCUGGUGCAGGUUAUUUUUGCAUCUGCGGGGAUGACUGGACUGGCACAAACUGUGAAACUCGUAUUACGUGUGAUGAUGACCCCUGUUUAAAUGGUGCUACCUGCACAUCGUCCGUCGGUGUUGAUAACGAGUACAUUUGCAUAUGUACAGCUGCGUGGACUGGCCGUGUAUGUGAUAUAGCUAUCACGUGUAAUGAUGACCCAUGUUUGAACGGCGCCACAUGUACAACUCCGAUCAGUGGCAUCGGUUUUGAUUGCACAUGUGUAACGGGCUGGACAGGAGAAACUUGCGAAAUCAAUGCUGUCACGUGCAGUGAUGACCCAUGUUUGAAUGGCGCCAUGUGUGCAACUCCUAUCAGUGGUAACGGAUUUACUUGCAUGUGUGCCACAGACUGGACUGGAGAGAGAUGUGAAAUAAGUACUAUCACGUGCAACGAUGACCCAUGUUUGAACGACGCCACGUGUGCAACUCCCGUCAGUGGUAACGGCUUUACUUGCAUAUGUACUGCAGACUGGACUGGAGAGAGAUGCGAAAUAAGUACUAUCACGUGCAACGAUGACCCAUGUUUGAACGACGCCACGUGUGCAACUCCUGCCAGUGGUAACGGCUUUACUUGCAUGUGUACUGCGGACUGGACCGGAGAGAGAUGCGAAAUAAGUACUAUCACGUGCAACGAUGACCCAUGUUUAAACGGCGCCACGUGUACAACUCCUGUUAGUGGUAACGGCUUUACUUGCAUGUGUGCCACAGACUGGACUGGAGAGAGAUGUGAAAUAAGUACUGUCACGUGCAACGAUGAUCCAUGUUUGAACGACGCCACGUGUGCAACUCCUGCCAGUGGUAACGGCUUUACUUGCAUAUGUACUGCAGACUGGACAGGAGAGAGAUGUGAAAUAAGUACUAUCACGUGCAACGAUGACCCAUGUCUGAACGACGCCACGUGUACAACUCCUGUUAGUGGUAACGGCUUUACUUGCACAUGUACUGCAGACUGGACAGGAGAGAGAUGCGAAAUAAGUACUCUCACGUGCGACGACAAUCCUUGUCUUAAUGGAGCUACUUGUACUGCUUCUAACACUGGUGUCACCUGUAACUGUGUAGAUGGAUGGGAAGGAGAUUAUUGUGACAGGACUGAUUCUUACUGUCUUCUAAACCCGGGAAUUUGUCAGAACAACGGAGUAUGUAGCGAUAAUGAUUUCAGUAGAUUUACCUGUGAUUGUGAGGGAACUGGCUUCACGGGACCUCAGUGCCUUAUCAAAGUUACAACGUGUGCGGAUAAUCCCUGCCAGAACGGCGCCACCUGCAAUCCACCCAUCAACAGUGAAGGAUACUCUUGCACAUGCGCAGUGGGCUGGUUAGGUGUCAACUGCGAAACAAGAAAUUGGUGUGAUCCCGAGCCAUGUCGAAACGGGGGUGUAUGUAGCUUUAAUGCUGAAAAUACAAAUUUUGUUUGCGAUUGCGGUGACGAAUAUCUGGAUGACAUCUGCACAGUUAUAAAUCACUGUCUUUCGGAGCCUUGUCAAAAUAACGCAUCAUGCACGAACAACGCCGGCAAUACUGGCUUUGUGUGUGAUUGUGGAGAGGAGUUUUUGAGUGACACCUGCGAAGUUAUCAAUCAUUGCGCCGGUGACCCUUGUCAGAAUGGUCGCCCAUGUUCUAACACUGAUAAUAACUCGGGAUUCGUCUGCGACUGUGGCAGAGAUUUCGUAGGAGAUAAUUGUGAAUAUGUCAAUUUCUGCAUCAACUUUCCAUGUAAAAAUGGUGCAACUUGUUCAAACAAUGCAAAUAAUGAUGACUUCGUGUGCACAUGUGACGAAAACUCAGGAUUUACAGGGCCUACUUGUGAAGACCCUAUAAUCCCACCUGCGUGUGACUCCAAUCCGUGUGCGAAUGGUGCUGGCUGCAGUGAAGAGAAUGAUGGCUAUGUAUGUCAAUGCACCAAUGGCUGGAUGGGAACAACCUGUGAGACACAAGAUUUCUGUGCCGAUACUCCAUGCCAAAAUGGUAGACCGUGCAGCAAUAACGAAGAUACUGGUUUCGAAUGCUCUUGUGGUAACCGCUAUGUAGGAGAGAGAUGCGAAUUCACAAACUUUUGUCGUGGUAACCCAUGCCAGAAUGGUCGACCGUGUGAAAAUAACGAGAAUAACGACGGUUUCCUUUGCUUUUGCGGCGACGAAUACCUGGGGGACACUUGUGACGUAAUAAAUUUUUGUGAGGGAGAACCGUGUGAUAAUGGGCGUCCGUGUUCAAACAACGUGGACAAUACAGAUUUUGUUUGCGAUUGUGGAGAUGAAUAUUUGGGAGUUGUGUGUGACAUAAGGAAUUUUUGUCAAAAUGACCCGUGUCAAAAUGCGAGACCAUGUUCAAACAACAAUAAUAAUACUGGCUUCGUGUGUGAUUGUGGCGAUGACUUCAUUGGGGAUACUUGUGAAUUUACAAACUACUGCAGUGGUGACCCAUGCGAAAAUAAUCAACCAUGUACCAAUAAUGAUGACAACACGGGGUUUGUUUGUAACUGUGAAGAUGAUUUCAUCGGCGAUACGUGCCAACAUACAAACUUCUGCCUGGGUGCUCCGUGCCGUAAUGGUGUCCCGUGUACAAACAACGCAGCCAAUAACAACUUCAGAUGUGACUGCGGUGAGGAGUAUCUGGGGUUUAGGUGCCAAUGGACAAAUUUCUGUUUUGGUGAUCCUUGCGAGAACGGAAGGCCGUGUUCCAACAACGAUGACAACUCGGAUUUUGAAUGUGAUUGUGGCAACGAUUUUAUUGGGAAAAUGUGUGAAUUUCCAAGUUCUACUACAGAUUUUUGUGUUGACGACCCCUGCCAGAAUGGACGACCGUGUUCAAACAAUGAAGAUGACGAUGGCUUCGUGUGUGACUGUGGUGAUGAAUUCAUUGGAAAUACAUGUGAAUUCACCAAUUUUUGCAAAGAUGAUCCGUGUGAAAAUCAGCGAACGUGCUUAAACAACGACAAUAAUACUGAUUUCCAAUGCGACUGUGGAGAUGAAUUCAUUGGGAACAAUUGCGAGUUUACCAAUCACUGCCGCUCUGCUCCAUGUAUGAAUGAAGGAUUGUGCUCCAACAACAAUGAUAAUUCUGAUUAUGUGUGUAACUGCCGUGACACGGGAUUUACAGGCCCCGCAUGUGAAGAUAUAGAUAUGUCCACUGAAUCUCCCAUUGACUGUUCUGACCCUUCUCCAUGUCAGAAUGAGGCCGUCUGUAUCCUCGAUACAUGUGUAUGUCAGAUAGGCUACAGUGGAAUCUUCUGCGAAAUAGCUCCGACGGAGCCCCCAGUUGAAGGCUGUGGAGGCCCUCUCCCGUGCGAGAAUGGCGCCAGAUGCCUCUCGGACCUUUGUGUCUGUCAAGCAGGUUUCACCGGACCCUUGUGCGAAACCAACAUUGAUGACUGUGCUACAGAUCCAUGCCCUUCACAAACUUCAACAUGUGUGGACUUAAUAGAUGGCUUUGCCUGCUCGUGUAUGAACGGAUAUAAAGGAGAAUUAUGUAAUAUAGAUGAUGAUGGAAUCCAAGACACUUCGAACCAAUCUAAUCUGCUGAUCGAUCCUUGGUGGAUCGCUCUAAUUUGUCUGAUUGCAGUAAUGGUCCUCAUUCUUAUUGGUCUAUCUAUAUGCACUUGUCGAACCGUGAAGGCUGCUAAGACAAAAUCAGACAUCAGUCCGUAGUCGUAACCAACCAUCUUGUUACAUUACAAGUUCUUCCAUUGGGUUGUCUGACAAAUUGUAUCGUAACCCGAAAUUGUAUUGAUUCAAUGUAUUUUCAUGUAAACAGUGAUGGUUUGAUAUUGGAGCCUCCAUUUUAUCAACUCUUGCAAAAUGCUAUUUUUAUGUGCAUAUUUAUAGGUCUACUCAUAACUGCGACGAACGACAACGUGUCGAAUACCACUACUACUCCCCCUUCUACUACUACUAGUACUACUACUAAUAAUGAUAAUAGGCAUUUAUAUAGCGCCAUCUUUCUAGAAAUAUUCUAUUCCGAGGCGCUUUGGUAUUAUUACCCCGGCUUUAGCUCGAGCUGCCUUUCAGCGCUCAUGCAUUCAAGGAAUUAAUCCUGCCGGGUACCCAUUUACCUCACCUGGGUUGAGUGCAGCACAAUGUGGAUAAAUUUCUUGCUGAAGGAAAUUACGCCAUGGCCGGGAUUCGAACCCACGACCCUCUGUUUCAAAGUCAGAAGACUUAUCCACUGGGCCACAACGCUCCACUAUUACAACGCUACACUAUUACUAUACUACCACUACUACUACUACUACUACUACUACUACUACUACUACUACUACUACUACUACUACUACUACUACUGCUACUUCUACUUAUACUACGACUACUUCUACUUUUACUACUACUACUACUACUACUACUGCUGCUACUUGGAAAACAAUGACGACAACAGUACUACUACCACCACCACUACUAAAAUUUAUCAACAAUUAAAACUUCAUUAUAUAUUCUGUUGCUGUUAUCACUUUCUGCCAUUGUUGUCACUACUGGCUAUUGCUCCUACUAUACAGUGCGUCCCAGAAAAAAACAAAACGAGAUUAAGCGAUGAUUUAUCAUAAUUUAAUCACAAAUACAAUAGACAAAUGACCUACCAAUGUAAAGCUUAGAAUCUCCUCUUUCAUUUGAUAUUACUUAGAUUAUUCCCCAUUCACGCAUGAGUGAGCAAAAACAAUUUGAAGAAAGUAUACCAAAAACUCAUUUGGCGGGGUAUCUGAAUUCAAAAAAGAAAAUCACAUGCCUAAAAAGUUCAAUAUCUGCUCUUUUAUUUGAUAUCUUAAUCACAAAAAAUUGUCAAGAAGUAAAAAAGUUAUGGUCCCUCGAAACAAUGCUUGUAUUUCCAUAAUUUCAUUAAAUAAACGUGUUUUCACCGGUUUCCCACAGAAGCUAUCGCAUGGUUAACAAAAGACUUAAUGCAUGGCUGAUCGUCAACAAAACGGAGUGCCAAGUGAGUUUGAACGCUAGCCUGUAGAACCUCUUAAUUUUAUGAAAUUAUUGAAAUUUAAGCCUUAUUUCAAAUAACCAGAACUUUUUUUAUUUCUUGACCAUUUUCUGUAAUUGAGGUAUCAAAUUAAAGAGCAGAUAUUGAACUUUUUAAAAAUGGGGUUCUCUUUUUGAAACCCAGAUACAGCCCGCCAAAUGACUUUUUGGUAUCCCCUCUUCAAAUUGUUUUUGCUCACUCAUGCGUGAAUGAGAAAUAAUCUAAGUAAUUUCAGAUGAAAGAAAAGAUUCUAAUCUUUACAAUGGUAGGUCAUUUGUCUAUUGUAUUUGUGAUUAAGUUAUGAUAAGUCAUCGAUAAAUCUCGGUUUCGUUUUUUGUGGGACGCAUUGUAUAUUACUACUUGGCUAGUACUACAUCUAGCUGCUUCGUCUCCGAAUCUUCUUCCUUCUUAUUGCUAUUCUGACGUACAUGAUGGCAACUUCUCCGACGAUUUCUACAAUAUACCGCAAUACUCGGCUCCAAUAUCCCCGUACACAAGAAUGAACUCCAUUCGGUAUUCCAAUGAUACACGCAUCAUACACCAUUAUCAAUACUCGAUUACUUUACGAUUUCAGUUAGAUGAGCGAUUAAAUUCAUUGAAUGGUGAAAAUCAAAUUUAUUACGUAGAUUAUAUUUCUAUCGCUGUUGUAUAAAGGUUAUUCUACACUGAAAUUCUUUAUCAGAGUAUCACCAAUAUAUUGAUAUGCAAUGAUUGUUUGGUUCCUCUGAUGUUAUUUUGAUGAUUUUAUUUAUGUUAUAGCAAUUUAAUAUACCAUGUGUACAUCAUUGUGGUCGAUUUUUAAAUGAAUACUAUUCUGAGUUCUGAAUCGAUGUCCUGAAACUUUAUUGAAACUAUCAUCGAGUCACCGCACAGAAAGUUCAAGGCAAGACAGGCACUUAGUACAUGAUUAUAAACUUCGUGUAUUCUGCAAAAUUAGAGACCUGAUGUAAUCAUAUUUUGUAAUGGGUUUAUUUUUGGGGGGUGGGAUUAAUCUUUUCAGAUAGUUUUUAGUUCAUUUUGAUAUGAAAUUACAUUUUUACUCUUUGAACUUAAAGUACAUGUAGUGUUUUAAGCUCUUGAUUAAGACGUCGUAAAAAUAUAGAAUAUUGAAGAGCAGGAUAAAACGUGGUAUAAUGUUCAUUCUCGCAAUUAACAGAUACCGGAUCUACAUGUGACACACCCCUUUCCGGUUCAAAACUGACCGGAAAUAAGGUUCGAUAACAUAACGUUAUUAUGUUAACUUGGGACUGAUCCUCCGGUCAUUUUACCUGGUAGUUGCUAUGGCACCAACAGACCCGGAUUUCGUGUCGAUUUUUCCUGAAUUAUUACUUUUUUGCAAAUUUUCAAAGACCUGCAAUAUAAUUAUGAACCAAUGACAACCAAAGGUAAUAAUUCUGAUUAGUAUUUUACCAUGCAGAAGAAUAUGUUAUUCAGUUACGUUGAUGGUAUCCCCGAUUUUUUUUAUAUUUCUCUUUUAAUAUAUUGGAUAAAACUAUGUAUUGCAUUUCUACAUAAAUACUUAUCUUUUGUCUAGUUAAGUAUUAUCGAUUUUGUAUUUUACUGGAACAGAGCGUUAGGAUGUAGGAUGAAUAGGAAAGCACUUGUUUCUAAAUGUUAUACUGUUAAUGUUUGUUUUCUAGAAAUGUUGAGAAUUUUUUUUUCUAUUUGAAGAAAAUAAUUUUACUAAUAAACUGAGCAGGUGACUUCA